GGGCGCGGGGAGGGCUCAGGCGGCGGCGCCUGCGCGGGGCCAUCGCGGCGCUCCGCGAAGUUCCGCGGGGCCCGGGGAAGUUUGGGCUCGGCUCGGCCCCGGCCAUGGCCUUCCGCCGGCGGGCCAAGAGCCACCCGCUCUUCAGCCAGGAGUUCCUCAUCCACAACCACGCCGACAUCGGCUUCUGCCUGGUGCUCAGCGUCCUCAUCGCCCUCAUGUUCGAGGUCACAGCCAAGACUGCCUUCCUGUUCAUCUUACCUCAGUAUAAUGUUAGUGUGCCUACAGCAGAUGGGGAGCUGGUCCAGUAUCACUAUGGGCUGAAGGAUCUGGUCACCAUCCUCUUCUACAUCUUCAUCGCCAUCAUCCUGCACGCAGUGGUGCAGGAAUACGCCCUGGACAAAAUCAACAGGCGUCUGCAUCUCUCCAAGGUCAAGCACAGCAAGUUCAAUGAGUCAGGGCAGCUGGUUGCCUUCCACCUCACCUCUGUCAUCUGGUGCUUGUACGUCGUGGUCACGGAAGGAUACAUUUCAAACCCCCGGAGUCUGUGGGAAAACUACCCGCAUGUUUAUCUGCCGUACCAGGUGAAGUUUUUCUACCUGUGCCAGCUGGCGUACUGGCUGCACGCCCUGCCUGAGCUCUACUUCCAAAAAGUCCGCAAGGAGGAGAUCCCCCGGCAGCUGCGCUGCAUCGCGCUCUACCUGCUGCACAUCGCCGGCGCCUACCUGCUCAACUUAACCCGCCUGGGGCUGAUCCUCUUGCUGUUGCAGUACUUGGCCGAGUUCUUCUUCCACAUGGCGCGGCUGGUUUACUUCACGGACGAGAACAACGAGAAGCUGUUUAACGUCUGGGCCGUGGUGUUCGUGGUCACCAGGCUCUUCACCCUCACCUUGUACAUCCUGGUCAUCGGCUUUGGGCUGCCACGUGUGGAGAGCCAGGCCCUGGACCCCGAGAGAGGGAACUUCUUCAGCUUCCUCUUCAACAAUAUUCUCUUCAGAAUGAGUGUGCUGCUGUUGGUGUGCCUCUUCCAGGCCUCGGUGAUGUGGCGCUUCAUCCACUUCCAGCUGCGGCGCUGGAGGGAGUACUGGAACGAGCAGAGCAGUCGGAAGCGAGCCGCUGCCGCCGCCGGCACCAAGCAGCAAACCAAGCUGCUCAAGAGGGACUCGGGUUACCAUGAAAACGGAGUGGUGAAAGCAGAGAAUGGAACCUCACCUCGCACCAAGAAGCUCAAGUCUCCAUAGAAGCCAAGGGUUGUCUCCUGGGGAGGAGGGCGAGAUACCAGGACUGAGCAGCCCCUCCUCCUGCUCCUCAUGAGCGGCGUCUCAAAAGGCUCGGAAUCAUCUUCCCAAGGUGUCUCUCGCUCUCCUCCCUUCCUUUCUUGCUCUCGUGAACCGUUUGCAAUAAAACCAAAAAGGCCCCAUUCCCCUUCCCCCAUCCCCCUCAUAGGAACCUUCUCCAGCCCUCCUGGUUUUGCCUUCCUCUGAUCGUAAACCAGCGUGCAAUUUUUUUUUUUUUUCUUUUCUAUUUUAGUGUUUGGUUAUUUUGGUUAAUGGUUACAAAUGUAUCAUAGAUGGUUCCAAACAAUCCUUUUUUCCUCCUACAGCAUGUUCCUCCCCUCUCUUCAUGGUGCUUCCCUGAGCCCCUGGGACAGGGCCACGACAGCUUGAAGGCACCAAAUGUGUGUUAUGGGAUCAGAUUCCUGGGGGAAUGUGCUGGGGCUGUGAGAUCUGAGGCUCAGGGGUGCUCUCAGGUGAGAUGAGGCACAACUGGCCAGCACUCAGCAGGAUGGUGAAGCUGCAAAGAGAGACCAGGGUCUGAUGGAGGAAGCUCAACCCUGUCUUGUCUCCUGGUGGACCUCUGGUUAACUGGGGUUUUCUGAACCCUGCUUUUGAGAAUUUUUUGAGAGCUGAGCAGCACAGACAGGAGAGAACUUCCCUCUUCAUAUGGAAGGGCCUCCUCCCAGCCUCUGCUUGCCCCAGCUGGGUUUCUCUUGGCUGCCCCAUGUUCUGAGCCCAGGGCUCUGCAGCUCUCAGUGUUUUGUUAUGGGGCAGGAGCAUCCUCAGUUCCACAUAAAUCCUUGAGGCCUGCCCUGCUCUGAGCGCUGGCCUGGCUCCUGUCAGCGCAGUCCUUUGCCAGCUUGUCUGUGCCUCGUGGACCUGGUGUUCUUGUUGCUGUGACCACAUCCAGGUGACAAACGGGUUGCUGCAAAAGGGUUUUUGCCUCAGUGGGACUGUGCCCCUCGUGCUGUCACCUCAGCCUUCCUCGUCCCUACCGUACCAGUCCAGCCGUGCCAUCGGCAGCCACCAGCUUCACUCUUUGUUUCCAAAGGAUACAGCGCUUGUAUCCACCCAAGGUGCUAUCAAAUCCAGGGUUUCUUCCAAAAAUCCUAUCCCCUUCAUCCCUUCCUGAGCUGUGAAUGAGAUGACAGGGAAGGAAGGCGAAGGAGGCCAGGGCUGCAAGGAGCAGCUUGCAUUUUAGGAAAAGCCUGGCUUGUGACAUGUAGCUGUUAGCAGAUGGAGUUGUCUCAAAUCUACCUCAGAGGCCAUCUGUUGCUGCAGACCACUUUCACCUCUUGCUUCUGCCCACUGCCACCUCCAUGUGCUGGCAAGAGUUUUUGUGGAAAGCCAGAUCCCACCAGCUUCAUCCCUCGCUGAGUCUGCUGGGGAGCAGCUUCUGCCUGGGGUUUCGUGGGUCAGUGCCAUCUCACUGGGCUUCUUUUUGGGAUUCCACACCAAGCUAGGCUUGGCAGGUGAGCAGUAGUGGCACCUCUGUCCCCACACUGUCCUCUGAGGCAGUUCCUGGGCUGGGCUUUGCUGUUGGUGCCUCUUGUGCAGUGAAGUCAGUCAUAGCUUUAGUUCUGCUUUGCCACGGCAGGAGCAGGGGACUCGUGGUGGGUCCCCUUGGCUGGGUGACAAGAGGGACACAGAGCUGGGCUGCUGUACAUGUGCAGUCCAGGAUUGAUCCUUGGUGUACCCAUGGCUCAGCCCUUGGGGGCAGCUGAAUUCUGGCUCUCUCAGAGUGCAAUUCCAGCUUGAGGCUGGUGCUGUUGUCCUUUGUGCUAGUCGUGUUUUGAGGAAUGGGUGACAGUUGAUUUUCUGUCCCUCUUUGAGCUGAGUUGGGUUUUUUCCCCAUUUAUCUGGGUGUCUUUUGUCCUUUCCUCCCCCUCUCCUUGUUCAGGAGGCACUGGAGGGAGAAAACAUGCAGGGACAUGAGGACAGUUGGUCAAAUUCCACUUGUUCCUCAAUCCCCACAACAUUUGAGCAUCAAAUAGAGAUGCUGGCAGGAGAGGGCUUUCCCUGUUUCCAGGGAAUCUGGGGAAGGAGGCUGGAGCAGAGCCCCUGGUGGUACUUUGCCAUUGCUCCUCGUAGCCUGUGCUGGGAGGAUAAGACACUUUUUGGCUCAGAGGCAGCGACAGAACCCACGGUGCAGUGUGAUCGGGGGGAAAAGAGCUUUAUGGUGGGGAGGACGUGGAAAAGGUCUAGUGUGAGAGGUUUUUUCUUUCUCCUGCCUUUUCCCAUCCCCUGCCAUCCACUGCCAGUGCCCUCCAGGAGUGACUGCUGCCUGGCACCUCCCCAGAGCCUCUGCCAGGCCUUUCUGCAGCGCCAGUGCCUCGCAGCAGCCGAGCUGCUGACUCUGUUAGCAGGUGACACAUAGAGCCCCCCAAAAACACGGCUGCUGAAUGAUUCCUCCUUCUGCCUGCUUGGCUUCAGGCAACUUUUCCACUUGCACAGUCCUGUCUCUGUACGGUAGCUGGUGAUGCUUUGUAUCCCAAGUGCCUUAUGUUGUAGCCUCUCUGUGCACUAUAGCAGUAGCUGAACACCCUCCGUUGUUACUACGUAUGUACAACAUAUGCUACAUUUAUGUGUUUUCUGUUUCUUUUUUGAUAGAGCUACCAGGAAAAGGGACAUUUGUUUUUGAAGCAUUUCCAUGUGUUCUUUUUAUGAUUUUGUUUUUUUAAACCUAUAGAUGAUGGGGCUUUUUUUUUUUUUUCCUAGCCCUCCCCUAUAUUUAGUCCUCAGAAAUCCCCAUCCUUCUGUUAGACCCAAACCUGGCAGGUUGGUUUUUUUUGAGCUGAGCCUUUGUUGUGAGGCGAUAUCCACUGUCAUCCUGGAGGUUUGCAAUUCCCUCUCCAUCAGAGGGGCUGCCAUGGGCUGCUCCUAUCUCUGUGUUGUACUGCAAGCACAAUCCCUGGGCUGCAAGCCUGCAGUAACUUGCUGCUGUUGUUCCUGUGUCCGUGUCAUUUCUCAGCAGAUCCAGCCUUCCUGAGAGCCCAAAGAGCUUUUUCUUGGAGCAUUUUCAUUGCAAGCCCUUAGUGGUCAGUCUGUCCUUGGCCUCUCUGCCUAUGAAAUGCCACGAGCUCACUUCCCUUUACUGGAUGCUCUUCUCAUGCCCCAUCUGUGUCAUCUGCAGAAAACAUCAUGGAAUUGUUGGGUGAGGUUGGAAAAUGCCUCCAAACUCGUCAAAGUCCAACCUUUAAUCCAGCACCAAGAUCCAACCCCAAACAAGAGCUCUUGUCCACCACAGUGCAGAAGGUGAUGGAGAUUAUCCAAAACUUCCUGUGGGACAUGAUUCAUUGCACUCUUCCCAUGAGCUUGAGGCUGCUUCAGUAGUCUGUGUCCAUUAUCCAACCUAAGGAGGUCAGGAACUGAGUAGCCUGUGGUUUUUGGGGUGAAGUGUAGUGUUUUCCUGUCCUAGCCUAGAAGAGCUGUGAAAUACCAGCACUAGUUCUCUUUUCUUGUCUUAGGUAGUUGGAGAAUGGGCUUGGGAAGAGAAGGGGGUGGAGGAAAAACAGAUGUAGCAUUUCACAUACAAUUUUCGAGUGACUCUUACAUUAUGGGGCAUUACAGUUGCGUUUUAUGUUGUCGUUGUUGUUAUUUAGGAUUCUUUCUUCUUACUCAUCAUGUUUGGGUUAGUAGUAGCCAAGUUCCAGUUCCCCUGUAGGUCCCCUUACCUUCAACUCAGUGUUUUAAAAGGUAUUUUUGGUAGGCUUCCUGGUUGGAGGGAAGAGUGGUCACUCUGGGAUGUCUCCUCCUUGCCUCCAAGUGACUCUGGGAGCUUGGAGCCAUCCUGCCUUUGCUGCAGUGCCUGGGGGUUUACAGCAGCCUCAGGCUCUUGCCUUUGGUAGAUGGACCCCAGGUUGUGUCAGCAGUGGAUGGAGAUGAUGGGGUUUGAUUUACAGCCUUCCAGGAAACUUCGUGGGGGAUGAAAGGUUGGUGUAGAAGGUUUUAUGCCCAGCAGUGAGAUAUGUUCCUCCUCCUUGGAGCUGUGUGUGGGGUUUUUCUGGGAAGAAUGGCUGUUGGAAAAGCCAGGCAGAGGUGUGUAGUUUUUCCUUGAAAAUGUUGAACUCGACUGAUCAAACUUCAGCAAAGGAACUCGAGGAAAAUUUCUAUUCUUCCAUAUUUAUGCUUUAGUGCAAAUUUCCUGAUUUUGGAGGGGGUGGGGGGAAUUACAGUCUCUGGUAUUUUAUCCUGUUUGUUUCAUUCUUCCUGUCACUUCAGUUUUUGUACGGAUUUUGUUUGUUGUUGUUCGUUGUUCAAUGACUUUUGUGAUAAACUCAGCAGAAGUAUUUUUCUGAAAUAAAUAAAUAAAAGGCAUAGAUUCUUCCAGUGCUGUUUCCACUGAUGC